AUUGAAAUCAAGCAAAUUGUGUUGUGCUUUCGUUUCAUUUCGAUUCAUUUGUUUGACAGCCACAACUAAUAUUUACUACACAAUCCACAUGGAUUCCCUUAGAGAUCAAGAGUCUGGCCCAGAGUUGAGCUCCAGUGAGGAUGACCUACGAAACAGUCGCAAUCGUCGAAAUGCUGUGCACUAUGCAUCCAUCGGUGACUUUCUAUCAAGUCUCAAUAUCAGCGAUACGGCCCUUGCCUCACUUCAGGGCCUUAAGACACUGAGCCUGGAGCACUAUAAGAAUUGUAUGCAGAAUGGUGAGAUGCCACCCGGCGACAUGGACAAGAUGAGUCCGGACGAGGAGUCAUCUCCCAUAGAGAUGGUGAUGGAGGUCAAAGGCGAGACGACGGAACAACUGUCGCACAAGCAUGAUUUCCUGGAAACGGGUAUAAACAACGUUGCUGAUGCCAAAAACUAAACUUCAAUUAUGGAAAAGAGCCAAUGAUCCCCGUGUCUUGUUCUCUGUAUCCCCGUAUGCAUUGUGUCAGUGGCUUUUAAUUUCAACAUUUGGCGCUAUCCUGAUUCCUGUGACUAUAAUCAACCUCGCACUUAUAUUAAAUGUCCUAAAUUCGAAAACAGUUGAUCUCUUCUUUCGAUCAGAUCAGCUUUUACUACUCUCAAGUGAAUCCUUAUCUGGUAUAUACAGACAAAUAGACUUUUAAUUAUAAAUCGAUCUCAAUGAACAAAUAUAUCUACCUACCUACACACAAA